GUGUGUGUGUGUGUUUGAAUACAACUGUGUGUGCAUUAUUAGUGAGAGCUCCUUAAUUUCCACCAUAGAGCACUGCUGUUAUAAGCAGUAAUUAUUUAUCUAGUUUAUAAACUGCCUUAGAUAAUCAGUAUGGCUGUAUUUGUCAUGGCUGCAUUGCAUUUCUAGAACGCUGUGCAUUCAUCAUGGUUCUUUUCAGCAGCGUAUAUAUGCUUCCUCAGAUAAUCUACAGGCAAUGUAUUUUUGCUGCUCAUGUGUGUGUGUGUGUGUGUGUGUGUGUGUGUGUGUGUGUGUGUUCAUGCAGAACUGAGUGUAUUGUUGGUUGCUCUUGUUUAAAUCCAGUGAGAUCUGGUAUAUGGACUUGCAGGAGUAAUCAGUAUGUUCAUGCAUGUGGCAAUGCAUAUGCAUAGAGUUCUUUAUUAUUAUUAUUAUUAUUAUUAUUAUUAUUAUUAUUAUUAUUAUCAUAAUGCAUUGCAUGCAUGCUUGUUAUGUGUGUGCAUGCAGACCUGUGUGUUGUUGGGGAGCUCUCCCUGCUCGAUGUCCCCCCCCCUCGAGGCUUUGCACAAUAAGGUACGUAAUGGAAAAUCUCAGUCCCUUAAAUCUACUCCUCUGUUGCUCUCUUUCCUUCUCUCUCUCUCUCUCUCUCUCUCUCUCUCUCUCUCUCUCUCUCUCUCUCAGGAUCUCUAACAGGGUGGACCACAAACAGCACGCGGAACAGGAAAAAAAAACACUAAAGGAAAAAAUAAAAUAAAAUAAAAAAUAGGAGUAAUGGAGAGGAUCACCAUGUAGACCGGAGCCGAGCGGAGACGGGCUGAAAUGGGAAACGCUGUGUGGAGCGACGCCGCUCUGCAGCCGCGCUGAUCCUCAGGAACUCAGCCCUCUGUCACGCACACUGGACUGCAUUUUUUUUUUUUUCCCCCCAACAUUUUUUAAACAUUUUAUUUCCUCCAUCUUUUCUCACAUAGUCUUAUUUUUUUUUAGGUCGCAUUAUUAUUAUUUUUUGGUCCAAGUGUGUUCAGAUAAUCUUCAUCUCCAAGAGGCUCGUGCGCCACGGUGCCAGACUCUCGGGUUUCUGAAAACCGAUUCAACUCCACUUCAGAUCAAGCUAUGGAGCAAUACUCCACCAAUAUGGGGGACAUGAGGAACAGCGAUUUUUAUUCCAAGAACCAAAGAAAUGAUGCAGGCGGCUUCAGCUGCUCGCUUAUGGAGCUCCGCUCACUCAUGGAGCUCCGAAGCACCGAGGCAGUCGUCAAAAUUCAGGAGGAUUAUGGAGACAUCACGGGACUGUGCCAGAGGCUGAAAACCUCACAGACAGAGGGUUUGACAGGAGAUCCAACUGACCUAGAAAAGAGGAGAGAAGUCUUCGGUCGAAACAUUAUACCUCCAAAGAAGUCAAAAACUUUCUUACAGUUAGUGUGGGAAGCGCUACAAGAUGUGACCCUCAUCAUCCUUGAAAUCGCAGCCUUGAUCAGCUUGGGGCUCUCGUUUUAUCAGCCACCUGGAGGGGAACACGCAUCAUGUGGUGCUGCAAAUGCUGGAGCAGAAGAUGAAGGAGAGUCUGAAGCCGGGUGGAUCGAAGGAGCUGCCAUUUUACUCUCGGUGGUGUGUGUGGUGCUCGUUACCGCCUUCAAUGACUGGAGUAAAGAGAAGCAGUUUCGUGGCUUGCAGAGCCGCAUCGAGCAAGAGCAGAAGUUUCAGGUGGUGCGAGGAAGUCAAGUCAUCCAACUUCCUGUGGCCGACCUUGUGGUGGGAGAUAUCGCACAAAUCAAAUAUGGUGACCUACUUCCAACGGAUGGAAUCUUGAUACAAGGCAACGAUCUGAAAAUUGACGAGAGCUCUCUUACGGGAGAAUCAGAUCAUGUGCGGAAAGCUGCAGACAAAGAUCCCAUGCUCCUCUCUGGUACUCAUGUGAUGGAGGGCUCGGGCCGGAUGGUGGUCACAGCUGUUGGUGUGAACUCUCAGAGCGGAAUCAUCUUUACCCUGCUCGGAGCUGGUGGAGAAGAGGAAGAGAAGAAAGAGAAGAAAGGUCAGGCAAUGGAAGAUGGCCGACAGCUAGCAGACUGCUCCCAUCCCUCCUCCCACCCCAUCGCAACUAUAGCCACCGAUGGUGCUGCAGGUGCAAAUGCUCCUGGUAAUGCCACCCUAGUCAAUGGUAAAAUGCAGGAUGGAAAUAUGGAGAACAACCAGACCAAAGUGAAGAAGCAGGAUGGAGCAGCAGCGAUGGAGAUGCAGCCACUGAAAAGUGCCGAGGGCGGAGAAACCGAUGACAAGGAGAAAAAAAAAUCCAAUGUGUCAAAAAAAGAGAAGUCUGUGCUACAGGGCAAGCUGACAAAGCUGGCUGUGCAGAUCGGCAAAGCAGGUUUGGUGAUGUCUGCCAUCACGGUCAUCAUCCUGGUGCUCUACUUUGCCAUUGACAACUUUGUGCUCCAGAAGAGGCCCUGGCUCCCUGAGUGCACUCCGAUUUAUAUUCAGUAUUUUGUGAAAUUCUUCAUCAUUGGUGUCACAGUGCUGGUGGUGGCUGUUCCUGAAGGCCUGCCACUGGCUGUUACUAUCUCCUUGGCCUAUUCUGUCAAGAAAAUGAUGAAGGAUAAUAACUUGGUACGCCAUCUGGAUGCCUGCGAGACCAUGGGCAAUGCCACUGCUAUCUGCUCGGAUAAAACAGGCACUUUGACUACUAACAGGAUGACAGCGGUGCAGCUGUACGUCGGCGAUGUUCAUUAUAAGACAAUCCCAGACCCGAGUUCAGUCCCGCCGAAAACACUUGACUUUCUGGUCAAUGCCAUAUCCCUCAACAGUGCUUAUACUACGAAAAUUCUGCCCCCAGAUAAGGAGGGAGGUCUGCCCAAGCAGGUGGGCAACAAAACCGAGUGUGGCCUGUUAGGACUUGUGCUGGAUCUGAAGCGAGAUUACCAGACCAUUCGGAACCAGAUCCCUGAAGAGAAGCUGUAUAAAGUCUACACAUUCAACUCGGUCAGGAAGUCCAUGAGUACUGUCAUUAAACUUCCAGAUGGAAAUUUCAGGAUGUACAGCAAAGGAGCGUCUGAGAUUAUCCUGAAAAAGUGCAGUCGUAUUCUAAACGAAGCGGGUGAGCCCCGGCUUUUCCGACCUCGAGACAGAGAUGAAAUGGUGAAGAAAGUGAUUGAACCCAUGGCUUCCAAUGGUCUCAGGACCAUCUGUGUGGGUUACCGAGACUUUCCUGGCGAUCCUGAGCCAAGCUGGGAUGACGAAAACAUCAUCCUAACUGACCUGACCGCAAUCUGUGUGGUUGGAAUUGAGGAUCCUGUCCGACCAGAGGUGCCAGAUGCUAUUCGUAAAUGUCAGCGUGCUGGCAUCACAGUGCGAAUGGUGACUGGUGACAACAUCAACACUGCCAGAGCCAUUGCCAUCAAGUGUGGCAUCAUCCACCCUGGAGAGGACUUCCUGUGCAUCGACGGCAAAGAAUUUAACAGGAGGAUUCGUAAUGAAAAGGGAGAGGUUGAACAGGAGCGCAUUGAUAAGGUUUGGCCCAAGCUGCGAGUGUUAGCCCGCUCCUCUCCAACAGACAAACACACACUUGUUAAAGGUAUAAUAGACAGCACACUGCUGGAGCAGAGGCAGGUCGUGGCUGUAACAGGCGAUGGUACCAAUGACGGACCUGCUCUGAAAAAAGCGGAUGUCGGCUUUGCCAUGGGAAUUGCAGGCACAGAUGUGGCCAAGGAGGCCUCGGAUAUCAUCCUGACGGACGACAACUUCAGCAGUAUUGUGAAAGCAGUGAUGUGGGGACGCAACGUCUAUGAUAGCAUCUCCAAGUUCCUGCAGUUCCAGCUUACUGUUAACGUGGUGGCCGUGAUUGUGGCAUUUACUGGAGCUUGUAUUACACAGGAUUCUCCACUGAAAGCUGUUCAGAUGUUGUGGGUGAACCUCAUCAUGGACACUUUUGCAUCCCUGGCUCUGGCCACAGAACCUCCGACUGAAGCGCUGCUCAUGAGAAAACCAUAUGGCCGCAACAAGCCCCUCAUCUCCAGCACCAUGACCAAGAACAUCCUGGGCCAUGGCGUUUACCAGCUUAUUAUCAUUUUUGGUCUGCUGUUUGUCGGCGAGAAGAUCUUUGACAUCGACAGUGGCAGGAACGCACCUCUGCACUCGCCUCCAUCUGAACAUUACACCAUCAUCUUCAACACCUUUGUUAUGAUGCAGCUCUUCAACGAGAUCAACGCCCGCAAGAUUCACGGCGAGAGGAAUGUGUUUGAUGGCAUUUUGAAAAACCCUAUCUUCUGCUCUAUUGUUCUGGGCACUUUUGCAAUUCAGAUUGUUAUUGUGCAGUUCGGAGGGAAACCCUUCAGUUGCUCUCCUCUUGACGUGGAAAAGUGGAUGUGGUGUGUGUUCUUCGGGCUUGGAGAGCUGGUCUGGGGACAGGUUAUAUCGACCAUCCCGAACAGUAAGCUGAGGUUCCUGAAAGGAGCUGGUCAGCUCACUCAGAAGGAUGACACACCAGAGGAGGAAAUGAAUGAGGAUCAGGAGGAAAUUGAUCAUGCUGAAAGGGAGUUACGACGAGGACAAAUCCUCUGGUUCCGCGGCCUGAGCAGAAUCCAGACUCAGAUCCGCGUGGUGAAUGCGUUCCGUAGCUCGCUCUACGAAGGCCUGGAAAAACCCGAAUCUCGAACCUCCAUCCACAACUUCAUGACCCAUCCUGAGUUUAGAAUAGAGGACUCGACACCCCACAUCCCCCUCAUAGACGACACUGACAUAGAUGACGAGGCGGCCAGGAAGAAUUCAAGCCAGCCAUCAUCUCCCAACAAGAACAACAAUGCCAUCGACAGCGGCAUAAACCUCACCACCGACACAAGUAAAUCUGCUGCCUCAUCCAGUCCCGGGAGCCCCCUUCAUAGUCUGGAGACUUCGCUCUAGCCCUGAUCGCCCGGGAAAAUCCAAUAUAAUCCUCACACAGGACGAUACACGAUAUAGAGCCAACACGCACAAAUGUGCGGUUGACUGAACGUGUGGUCCGAAAGCGUGUUAUGUUUUUUUGUUCCUUCUUCUCCGCCGAUGCUUUUAGGAGAUCGAGAUUUUAAUUGGAACGUUUUCUGGAUCGACUUGAAAAACAGAAACGGACCACUCCCUUUUCCUGAGAACGCGAUGGACCACAGUGAGAAUUAUUUAAAUUGAAUUCAGCUACUCUAACUGCUUCUCCUGCAUGAAUGUACAUUACCUGAGUUUUUAUUUUGAAAACGAUUUGAUUUAAAAUUCUUGGAUUUGAUUUGGUGGGAAGUGCCGUGGGCUGCAACUUUUAAGACUCUGAUUCACUGAUCUCUGAGUAUCGUGUGUGGCAUGUACCUAACUGUAUAGAUUUAUUUGGUUAAUGAAUAAAUUGUGUAUCGAGGUUGCAGGGCUCGACUUGCACAAGUAGAUUUUGCACCUGUUGGAAAAAGAAGAACCUAUGGAAAAUAGCAUUUCGUAAAAAUACUAUAUAUAAUAUACAUAAAUAUAUAAAUAUAUAUACAGAGUUUAUCUUUGUUGGCAUGUUGCCUUGUUUCUGCUUCAAUGACUCUAACUACUUUAACUUAUUUAUGUCCUAAAGAGAAUGUAAUUUGUUUACAAAAAAAACCAUAGAUGCGUCCUUUUUUGAAUUUUUUUUUUUUUUUUUUUUUUUUUUUUUUUUUUUAAACAAUAGGGUUUAAACCAUAUGGCAGACAUAGUUGGAAACGCUCAAGCUGUCAAAUACACUCCUCUAGGUGUUUUAUUACGAGCCGUGUGCUGGACUUGCCUGCUAUUUUGUCAUAUAAUGUAGAUAUUUUUAGAAGAUUAUAAAAGAAACCAAAAUAUAGUGGGAUUAUAUAAUUAACGUGGCAUCUUAGUAUUGUACGAUUGUCGGGAUGAACAGUUCCCUCCUUCUUAAUCCCGCCCCCAACUUGGAUUUUAAGAUGAAGGUUUAAUUUCUAUACACGCUCGUUUGAAUUUUUUUACAUUCACUGCUUGGGAAUGAAACCUUUCGGUCCGUCUUGAAUAUAAGCCUCCAUUUCAGGUUGGAUUUAACGAUAUAGUUUAGAAAACACUGCUUAUUUAAUACAGAAAAAAACAACAAAAAGAUGUUUUCACUUGUGUGCGACCAUCACAGGCUGCAGAUUGUUUUGGAUUUUAUGUUCUAAAGGAUGUAAAUUAAGUUAUUAUUUGGCUCUAUGGAAAUCAAAGUUGUGUUGAAAAUCUUGUGAUAUAUUGUGUUGAUUCUUUUUUUUUUUUUUUUCUUUUUUUUUUUUUUUUUCCUCCAUUCCUAGAUUUCCUUUCUUUGAAAGACAGAACCCGGCUGCAGAGCUGUUGACAUUUUGAACUACCGGAAAAAUGAAACGAAACUAAGAGGAACAAAAAAAAAAAAACAAAAACGAAAAAAACAAACAAACAAAAAAAAAAAACGGAAUGUGGCUUUUGAAUUUUUUCUAAGAAGAAAAGAUAAUACAUAUAUGAUGAUCAUUUUUCUGCACUAUCCAGAUAUGAAUGAAUUUCUGUGGUGUAAAAUUAGAUGUGCUUCUGUGUGUUAAAAAUCAAAGCUUGUCUUCCUGCAGUCAGUAAAAAAAUAUACUCUAGCAUCUCAACAGUAUUCAGUAGUUGUUAAUAAUUAUUUAUUGUGCUAUAGAGAGGACAACACGAAAUGAAGGCACAUUUACAGGGGAAACUGAUGUAACUAAGAUCCCUAAAAUUCCCUUAUUAUUAUCUCCUAAAUUGGAACUAUGGGGAAGCAUGAUCUUAUGCUUAAUAUGCAAGCUAAUCUCACUUUCCUCUGGUCCUGACCUGAUUUAUUGUUAUUUUUAUUUUUUUUAAAUGUUCUAUCAGUUUGUUUCCUCAUCAUGAGAUGGUGCAUAAGCUUUAAUCGUUAGCUCAGGCAUGCGUAUCAGAAUCCUGUAACUCCCUGGUAGUUUAUUUCAGAGCAACUUCUGCCAAAACUGUCAGCCUUUCUAUGGUACAGUUUCAUUUCUAAUGGUGAAUGUGAAUGAAUAUGGUAAGUACUUUGUAUACAGAGAGAACUGGACUCCAUUUUUAGAGUUACAACAAUUCCAUUGCCCUGCAAAUAAAAACAACAACAACAACCCGACAACAAUACAGAUCAAUAACCACACUCCGUCCCAUUAACUGUUUUUAAGCAUUCUAAUAAUUCUGAAUAAUAUUUCUUGCAAUACAUCAGCUUCUAUGUACUGUACUUAGCAAGCAUGCAUUUUGUGGAACAAAGAAGAUAACAUGCCACUGAUACUUUUGGCACUCUAGAAAAUUUAUGGGUAAAUGAUAAGUGUUCAUUCAUCUUGUUUUAUGAUUUAUUUUUUUUUUUUUUUUUUUUUUUAAAUCUAUACAAUAAUUGUAAAUAAAGAAUUCAAUGUCCGUGUUCAUUUAAUACUAUGCAAAACGUCAUGCUUUCUGAUUGUCACCCACCUCCCCGUAGAGAGUGUCGCUGGAAUGUUUGUGGUCUCAAAAAAAAAAAAAAAAAAAAAAAGGUCCUUAAAUGAUGUGAUGUAAAUGGAUUUUCUAGCCUGAAAAAAGUGAAGAACUGUGACUCUUGCCGCUUGACUGUCCACACCACAACUCCAGACAGCAGCGUGAGUGGAAAAUUAAAAACAAAUACACAAAAAAAGAGGAAAAAACAAAACAAAACAGCACUUAAUAAAUUCCCAGAGCAGCAUGAACCAGAACGGUGUCUAAUCCACAGUUUUGGAGUCUUGUGUGAUGCUUUCCUAAGUGUGUGUGUGAGAGAGAGUGUGUUACAGUUUGCUUUCAACACAGAAAUCAAAAUGAAUGCAAUCCAAGACUAACCUAUUGCCCAACAGCUAUGCGGAGCUACCUAGUGUCCCUAUAGGAGCGUGGUGGUGCUUAAGGACCAAAAUAUGUCAGAGUGGCCCAUGGGAACUACAUUUGCACGUUCUUGAUGCUCAUGUAAUGCCAGUGGGCAUCUGAAUGUGCUUGGAAGAGCACCAGCUGCUCUGUUCUGUAUACAGGAGCAAACAAACUUGUGAUAAUAGUGAGUUUGAAAGUUGGGAACUGCAGACCGGUGGCAAAGCA